AUGUUGCCACGGUCACCUAAGCUUGGACGUUGGAUUAUUCUCAUCGUCGCUAUUGUCUUUGCCGCUUAUUUACUUGGUGGAUUCAUCCGCAAUGCCAGCACAGUACAGCCUUGGACGGUCAAGCCUAACAGAUGGUUAAAGACCGACGCGCACCCCAUCGAUACACUCAUUUCUGACGCGCGAACCGUUUUUUCACGGCUUAUAUCUAAACAGACAAAGACGGUGGAAGAAGCUGCGCAGGCAUAUCGCAAGAGAAGAGGUCGCCACCCACCUCCACACUUCGACAAGUGGUUUGAGUUUGCCCAGUCCAACAACGCCGUCAUAGUGGAAGACUUCUUCGACCAGGUCUACCAUGACUUGGAACCCUUUUGGGGCAUGGACGCCUCGUCUAUUAGAAAUGAGGCGUCUAGUUUUGAGAUGACUAUCAACGUUCGAAAUGGCAACGCGACGGCGGGAAGCGACUGGUUCUGGACCCGUAUCUGGCUGGACCUCGUCAAGACCGUCGAGCACUUGUUACCUGACAUGGACUUGGCGCUCAACGCUAUGGAUGAGCCCCGUAUUAUUGUUCCUUACGAGAACAUCACUCAUUAUAUGCGGCGAGCUUCCAAGACUGUCAGAAUGCCCGAAGCCAAGAAAGUACUUUCUCAGUACCAAACGCUUCCAAGACCAGGGGCGUCGAAUGGCGGCGCUGACAUACGAAGCAAAAACUGGGAGUCAACAACUCCAUAUUGGCCCAUUGUUCGUCGGGGUUGCCCACCCAAAAGCACAGCUCGAACAACGCCGCUGCAAGACUCGUUCGAAACGCCACCAGAGAUCAGCUCGAAGAAUGCGAAGCGCCACUCUUAUCAAGGCUAUGUUUCAAAUUACACACUUUCCACGGAUGUCUGCCACCAAGCUGAUCUCCAAGGUUUGGAGGGCAUUUUGAUCGAGCCUCUCUCAACAAGCACCACAAAGGUGCUUUUCCCGCUCUUUGGCGGUUCCAAGCUUGCUGUGAACAACGAGAUUCUGCUUCCAGCACCCAUGUACUGGAACGAGGAAGAAAGAUUCACUGGCGGUGACGAUCACGGCAUUGCCUGGCCGGGAAAGGAAACAGGUGUCAUCUGGCGAGGGGUUGCCAGCGGUGGCAGGAACCGAGAGACCAAUUGGAAAGGUUUCCAGCGCCAUCGAUUCAUUUCCAUGAACAACGCUACAACUAUCUCGAGCGUUGAAAAUAGCACCGAGCAGGUCAAAACUUUUGCGUUGCCAGAAAAGCAAUACCAAGUUCACGCCCAGAGGAAAGGUGAGCUCAGCGGAUGGGUCAAAAGCUGGGCUAAUGUCAGUUUCACCGACCUGAGCUGCUACCCCGAUGCCAAGGGUCCUUAUUGCAACUACACGAAUGAUUACUUUGAGCCACUCAGUGGGAUUUCAAUGUCCCAGCAGUUUAACUACAAAUACCUGCCAGACAUUGACGGUAACUCAUUCUCCGGGCGUUAUCUCGGUUUCCUACGAUCCACCUCAGUCCCCAUCAAAGCCACUUUGUGGCGAGAAUGGCACGAUAGCCGUCUCGUCGCAUGGAAGCAUUUCAUUCCUAUGGAUAACCGGUUCGUCGACUAUUAUGGCAUUAUGAACUAUUUUGUUGGCUUCCAAGGCCAAGACGCACAUGAUAGCGCUGGCGAGAAACUUGCAAGCGAUGGCAAGGAAUGGGCGGAGAGGGUCCUUCGUAAGGAGGACAUGCAAAUUUACGUCCUAAGACUACUCCUAGAAAAGAUCAAAGUCAGAUAUAAUGGCAGCACCUUGUUGCCCUAG